UAGGGUCGGUUGGUCGUCGCUGUCGGAGCUGUGCCCUGGGUUUGCCUCGCCGUCCCUGCCGCCCCAUCCCUGCAUCCACGCCCCCCGCCUUGGCCCUGGCCCAGCCGCUGUCCCUGCCCUUCUACCCUAAACCACCCCUCGGUUUCUGCCGUCGGGACUCCGGGGCCGGUCGGAUGAUGCAGUCGGAGAGCGGGGCUGAGCGCCGGGACCCGGCGGCCGCGCAGGUGGGGACGGCUGCGGCCUUGGCAAUGGCCACGGCCGCCCCGGCAGGCGGCGGCCCCGACCCGGAGGCCUCGUCGGCCUCCUCCGGACAGCACUUUAGCGGGCUCACCUGGCCGCAGGUGAAGCGGCUGGACGCGCUACUGAGCGAGCCAAUUCCCAUUCACGGGCGAGGCAACUUCCCCACGCUAAGCGUGCAGCCCCGGCAGAUCGUGCAGGUCGUCCGCAGCAGCCUGGAGGAACAGGGACUGCGCGUGCACAGCGUGAGGCUGCAUGGCUCAGCUGCCAGCCAUGUGCUGCACCCCGAGAGUGGCCUGGGCUACAAGGACUUGGACCUGGUGUUUCGUGUGGACCUGCGCAGCGAGGCAUCCUUUCAGCUGACCAAGGAGGUGGUGCUGGCCUGCCUGCUGGACUUUCUGCCGGCCGGUGUGAGCCGGGCCAAGAUCACACCACUGACCCUCAAGGAGGCCUAUGUGCAGAAGCUGGUGAAAGUGUGCACAGACACAGACCGCUGGAGCCUCAUCUCGCUGUCCAACAAGAGUGGCAAGAAUGUGGAGCUCAAGUUUGUAGACUCAGUGAGGCGCCAGUUUGAGUUCAGUGUGGACUCCUUCCAGAUCAUCCUGGAUUCCCUGCUGCUCUUUGGCCAGUGCUCAUCCGCACCCAUGUCUGAGGCCUUCCACCCGACAGUGACAGGCGAGAGCCUCUAUGGGGAUUUCGCUGAGGCCUUGGAGCACCUGCGGCACCGUGUGAUCGCCACACGAAACCCCGAGGAGAUCCGUGGGGGUGGCCUUCUCAAGUACUGCCACCUCCUGGUGCGGGGCUUCCGGCCUCAGCCCAGCACUGACGUCUGUGCCUUGCAACGCUACAUGUGCUCCCGCUUCUUCAUCGACUUUCCAGACCUAGUGGAGCAGCAGCGCACUCUGGAGCGCUACUUGGAGGCCCACUUCAGUGGGACUGAUGCUGCCCGCCGCUAUGCCUGCCUGGUGAUGCUGCACCGGGUAGUCAACGAGAGCACUGUGUGCCUCAUGAACCACGAACGCCGCCAGACACUAGACCUCAUUGCCACGAUGGCGCUCCAGGCACUGGCUGAGCAGGGCCCAGCUGCCACCGCUGCCCUAGCCUGGCACCCUCCAGGCCCCGACGGGAUUGUGCCUGCCACUGUCAAUUACUAUGUGACCCCUGUGCAGCCUCUGCUGGCCCGGGCCCACUCCUACCCAACCUGGCUGCCUUGUAAUUGACUCGGACCCUGGCCAGAAGGGGCUGGACCUCACCAGAUUGGGUGGGGUCUCCAGGAGAGUGUGGAGGACAUGAUCAGAGACAGGCAGCCUGUGGCAGGUGGCCCAGUACUGCUGCUGCAGGGUAGGGCCUUCAACUGAACAGACCAGACUCCCCGAGGGAGACCUCUGUGGGCUUACAGCCAAGCUGGGGCCCUUGGCAGCAGGGUCCUUUGGUUAUUGCACCACACACUUGGGCCAUAUGAUUAUGGAUGCUGGGACCAUUUGUCUUGGGGGUAGAUCACCUUCAGGAGACAAAGGAAAUUUGGAAUGGUAGCCAUAAUGCCCAGCAUCUUGAGUUGAUUUCCAUGGCCCAAAAAGGGUCUUUUUUGGCUAGGGCCAGCCCACAGUGAUCCCAACAGCCUCCUUGGAGGGCCAGCAGCCCACACACAUAGCUAAAAUAUGGUAUGUUAUGGGGACUACUCACUUUGGGUCAGGCUGGGCCACUAACGGGGCCAGUGGUCCAACCUGUCUAAUAACCGGGAGGAGGGAAAUAGACAUGUGGCAGAUAGCUGAGUUUGUGCAGGGGUAGGUUUAGCCCAGUGCCCUAACACACCCUGAGCUGUGACACCUGCCUCUUGAGGGGUCUAGGUGUGCAGUGGACAGGAGCCAAGCAGCCUGGGGCAGGACCUACCCAUGCCCCUUCCAAGGUGUUGCUCCCUUCCCCUGUGUUGUACGGAGCCCUCCUGCCGGGGAGCUUAUUCUUUGGAAAGUGCUGGGCCCAAAGUGGCCACAGUCAAGUGCUCCCUCCCCACUGGCCUGGUUAGAGGGUCCUCACUUGGUAGGCGGGAGCCAUGCCCCACCUCCUUCCAUCCCUCUGGAUUUAUUACUAUUUUGCACUCUUAACACCUGCCAAUAAAGAUCAUCUAAACUGAGCAUAGCACCAUGCUUUCUCUUGGGCAAGAAGGACUUUCCAUAGCUGUGGGGCCUGCACUGCCUCCUCCAGCCUGAGUCUGGCUCACACUGUAGGCAUGGUGGGGUGUCAGACCUGAGCUGUGGCUAGGGAACCAGCCCUCCUUCCUUACUCUCUCCCUCAAGCCGGCCCCAGUGUGAUGACUGUGUGCUGGGACCUCGUGUCUACACCUCAGCAAGUCUAGGACUCUCCCGUUAAAAAAAAAUCCUGGAAUCCUAAUGGCCCUGGACCUGGCCUCACUCCAGGUCAGACUGCUUGACCCCAGCCCUGUACAGGAGCAGCUGGAGAAUGAGCUGGGUGAAUCUGGGCUGGAGGCCCCUCCAGGAAUGGGGGCUAAGCCUGGGGGAAUUCCAGAGAACCCCAGAGUUAGAGCCUGGGUAGGGCUUCUCUGUCUGGGAUAGGGUCCCUCAGGCCUUCAGCUCUCUCCCUCACCCCAAAUGCUGAUGGGGAAACUACAGCUGUUCCAAGGCAUGCCCUGGCUGUCUAAGAGGGUCCCUAGAAGGGCAAGAUCUCUCCUUCCCAAACCCAGAGGGGCUAUGCGAGGCUGUCUGGGAGCUGGUGUCAGCUGCAGGGGCCCAGGGAGCUGUUACCUGAGGGCAUCAGCCAGUCACCAGCCUGGACGCUGCCUACUGUUUACCCAGCCUCUUUGAUCCAGGAAUUGCAAAGACCUUAACAUAUUCAGCCCCAUUACGGGCCUCUGAAGUGGUGACUUUGAUGGUUCUAAGCAAGAUCGUAAAAAACAAGGCUGCAGAGGAGGCUCUGGGUCACCAGGGCGAGCCAGCUGCCUCACCUGCCCGGUGGGUCCCUGUGGGUGCCCCCCAGCCCCUACCGCUGGACUCAAAACAGCUGGAAGAAUGGGUGGAAUGACUUUCUCUGCUGGGUGACUGAAAACAGCCCCCCACACACAACCAAGCCCACCCAGCUAGAGUCCUAGGAGGAACUACGUUUGUCUUGCCUAAUUUGGCCAUUUGAGCCUGGGCACGAGGGCCUGCUCACAGUGGGUGUAGCUUAUUGGGCUGGUGAGUGGAUUCACCUGGCUGUGCUUGUUUUAGAGGGUGAGAAAGCCAGAAACCCAUGUGGACACCUGCAUAGAUGCUGCAUUCCGCCCAACAUGUGCCGGACACCAUUCUGGGCAUUGGGAAUGCCUCAGCGAACAAAACAGAUCAGAUUCCCUGCCCUCAUGGAGAUUACAUUCUAAUUGGGGCAGAAAGAAGAUAAGUAAACUACAGUAUAUGAUACAGUAGGGUCAGGGUUGGAAAUGCUGGGGUUUGCAAUUUUAAAAAGGCUAGGCCACAUUGAGAAGGUGAUACUUGAUUGAGCAAAGACUUCAUUAAGGUAGUGGGAAGCGAGCCACAUGGACGUCUGUCUGGGCAAAGAACAUUCCGGUCAGAAGGAGCUUGUCUGUGAAUGUACAAGUGCUCCUGGCAGGCAUGUCUGGGGGAGGGCACACGCGCUGCUCGGAUGGGUGUGUGGAUCCCAGGGUACCUGGCUGGCCUGUGCGGGUGUGUGUGUGCUCACUGCUGCUGAUCCGAAUAAAUGCACAGGGGUGUGGAUGUGGGAGGGUGAGACGGGAAUUCACAGUAACAGCUACCAUUUCUGGAGUGUCUUACUCCAGGCUAGGAACUGUACUAAGGUCUUGGGUGUUGAGAAUAUAUAUAUACAGCAAAACACACCAAUUCAACUGCUUCUCCAUGUACAAUUCAGUGACAUCGAUUACCUUCUUCAAGUUGUGCUAAGAUCUUCUUGAUCAUUAUUUCAUUUCAUCCUCAAAAUUCCAUGAGGAAAGAGGAAGUAUUAUCAUCCCCAUUUACAGACGAGGAAACUGAGGCCAGAGAGGUCAAGCAGGCUUGUCUGACUCCAUGGCCAUUGCUGUUAACCUGUUGGCCACCCUGCUCCUACAUCAUUGAUUUCACAUGGAUGAUUGUGACAGAGUAUAUCUCUUUAACAUGUAUGACAGCAUGUUUGACAUGUGACAGUGAAAUAGUUUGUAUUACUGUGACAUUUGUCAUUUUAUGACUAUGGCAGAGUGUAGCAGAGUGCCAAGAUAUUUUCUUGAUGUACAUAUGACUCUAGCCAUGGCUGCGGUGACCAUGACAGGGGCCUGUGGUGGCAACAGGCAUGCCUGUGGUUGUGUUUGGGGGUGGUACAGUGUUUCUGGGUGUGAGAAAAAACACUGACUCAGUGGCUGACAUUGCUCUUCUCAUGGACAAUUUCUGCAGCCACCUAAGAUGCCAGGACAGGCAGGAAUCAGGAAGUGGGAGUCAGAGCCA